GGUCCCCAUCAUCAUCCAGUGAUGACCACAGACACAGCUGAGCUGCAGUCCGUGUUGUAUUUACUGGCCACAUCAGCUGCUAUCUAACGGGAAAAACCACCACCUGGGAUACAAUUACAGUAUUUUUAACGAAGACAGGCGGCUGCUUAUUCCACCAUUUUCAACCAAAUCUACCUAAACCACGUCGUUUACAUCCUGAGCAUCUGAAGGAGGAUCAGCAAACAUGUUCUACACCUGUGGUCCUAACGAGGCUAUGGUGGUGUCAGGUUUCUGUCGUUCUCCUCCACUCAUGAUAGCUGGAGGCAGAGUGUUCGUCUUCCCCUGCAUUCAGCAGAUACAGAGGAUUUCCCUAAACACUCUGACUCUGAAUGUGAAGAGCGACAAGGUCUACACCCGUCACGGUGUGCCCAUCUCUGUAACCGGGAUUGCGCAGAUGAAGAUCCAGGGUCAGAAUAAACAGAUGCUGGCUGCAGCCUGCCAGAUGUUCAUGGGAAAGUCAGAGCCCGAAAUCGCUCAGAUCGCCCUGGAGACGCUGGAGGGACACCAGCGGGCAAUCAUCGCCCACCUCACUGUGGAGGAGAUCUACAAGGACCGAAAGAAGUUCUCCGAGCAGGUUUUUAAGGUGGCUUCCUCUGACCUGGUCAACAUGGGCAUCAGUGUGGUCAGCUACACGCUCAAAGAUGUUCACGACGACCAGGAUUAUCUGCAUUCACUGGGGAAAGCUCGAACGGCCCAGGUUCAGAAAGACGCUCGUAUUGGAGAGGCCAAGAACAAGCGAGAUGCUGUGAUCAGGGAGGCUCAUGCGAUGCAGGAGAAAGUGUCGGCUCAGUACAAAAAUGAGAUCGACAUGGCAAAGGCCCAGAGGGACUAUGAGCUGAAGAAGGCAGCUUAUGACAUCGAGGUCAACACUAAGAAGGCUGAGUCAGAGAUGGCCUACCAGCUGCAGGUAGCAAAGACGAAGCAGCGUAUCGAGGAGGAGAAGAUGCAGGUGCAGGUGGUUGAGCGGGCGCAGCAGAUCAUGCUGCAGGAGCAGGAGAUCACCCGCAGGGAGAUGGAACUGGAGGCCAAGGUGAAGAAACCUGCAGACGCUGAGAGAUACCGCCUGGAGAAACUGGCUGAGGCUCAGCGUCUUAAGUUGAUCAUGGAGGCAGAGGCCGAAGCCGAGUCCAUCAAGAUUAAAGGUGAGGCCGAGGCGUUUGCAGUGGAGGCCAAGGGUCGUGCUGAGGCAGAGCAGAUGACGAAGAAGGCCGAGGCUUUCCAGCAGUACAAGGAUGGAGCCAUGGUGGACAUGUUGCUGGAGCAACUGCCUCUGAUGGCUGAAGAGAUCAGCAAGCCGCUGUGUGAAGCCAACAAGGUCACCAUGGUGUCCAGCGGAGACAGCGAGGUGGGCGCAGCCAAGCUGUCCGGAGAGGUGUUAGAAAUCAUGACCCGCCUCCCUGCAGCGGUGGAGAAACUGACCGGAGUCUCCAUCUCCCAGGUGACCUCUCGUACAGGCUGAACAGAAUCAACAGUGUGGUGACCAGGCAGGCAGAUCCACUCUCCCACUGUCUGAUCAGCUGCCUGGACUCUUUGCAUGAGUCUGCUCACACUUACAGCCUCUUUCCUCACAUUCCUGUCUUACAUCAUCUGAUUAGCUUUCCCUCGUGGAGCUCUGUCGAUGUCUCUGUGUUGUGAAAAUGGCGUCCCCUUUCUUUUUGGUACCCAGCUCUAACUGGGCUCAGUUAUCGUGGCUACAGUUACAGUUUGUUCUUUUGUUAUUUGUUUUCAUUUUUACUGGUACUGCCUAAAAAUGCUUUGUACAUAUUUUGUUUUCAGUUUUGGGUUUGUGACUUCAUUCAUUGACUUGACCAGAUUUUUAAAUCCAAAAACAAAAGCAACAGAAGUAACCGUAGCCUCGUCGUAUCCCAUCUUACAUCCUUCUCUACUUUUUUCUUUGUACAGUACGUCACAGUUUGUGCGUCUGCGUCCCACUGAAGAGAAAGUCUUUGUCUCCUUUUGUCCGUGUCUCUCCCCGACUGUUUGUGUUGACCUGUACUGUCUCCUCUGUAACUGCCUUGCUGCCAAACCUUAAGUGCGACUUAACAUGAACAUUUAAUACAAACAUACAUUCAAAACCUUCAUUUACUAAUGUCACUAACAUAAAAUAGUUGUAGUCUAAAACCACAGCUAGUGGUUGUGUGGUCACUCAAGGGUCACAUUUAAACAGACAUGUAAUUAAAAUACUCAAAGUUGUGGUUUGAUAUAUUUCAGAGAGAAUUUUUAUGUAAUUUACAGAGGGAGUCUUGAGUAAUAGCUGUAUCACUCUUUAGAAGUGUUACAGAUAGUUGAAACCCAACAGCUCACUUUAAUCGUGAUACCAUCUGUAAAUCUGUACGGCAUUACAAUGUAGUAUAUUUUUUAAAUCUGUUAUUGUUUUCUAUGUGUGGUCUCCACGCUGCGUUUACUGACUUCCUGUCCUUUUUAUCACUGUUAUCAAUUUGAGGGAUAUUAAGAAAAUGUUUAUUGGGGACCUUUUACUUGAGGAAUACAGGCAUAAUACAGUUCCAAUCAUUAGAAACCUGUGCAGGAGCCAAACAUCACACUUUUCUGUCUGACUUUAAACUUCUGGCUCAGGUUCCUUCAUGUUUUCCACCCUGCAGCCCAGUAAUUCAUACAUACUCGAUGUAUACCUUAAGUAAAGUGGUCCCGUCUGUGUGAUAAUGGCCUGUUAUGUAGCAGCUCUCAUGAAGGCAGAGCUUGUGGAAGUGAAGAUGAAUAUUGUAUAAAGUAUAACUUUAGCCUUCUAUUGUAGCAUUGGGAAUACCACAGUUUAAUUAUGAGAUAAUUGUACUGAAAUGCUGAACUUUAUAUCAUUAUUAUUGUUUUGUUUUUAAUGAAAGCCUCAUGUGAGGAGAUGUGAAUGAGAUGCUACACAAUCAGUCAGAUAAGUUAUGUCAGUUUGUACUUCAGGGAAACGGAACCAAACAUUGUAAGGAAACCAUGUGUGAUGUAUAUAAUUGAUUUUCUCAUCUUCGAUGCAUUUGUCACCCAAAAUUACAAUAAUCUGAAGCAUCAGCUCCUAAAAACUAAUCAGACUUGCCUUACAGCUUAACCCCGUCACACUGUCCCCCUCUACCUCACCGUGACCUCUGGCCGGGUAUUCAGAACAUGAAUAUUAUGUCGACACUUUAUCUAUUCUGCACCUGCGUACAUUUCACAAAUCAAAAUCUAUUUAAGAAGAUUAAGAGUCUUACAAUCACCACACUACAGCGAACACCUCAUUUAACCAAGAAUACUCACUAUUUGUCUGUCUGUCUGUCUGUGAUUGUGUUCUUUGCACUGCUGAUUACGGUAAAGCCCAAUGUCUUGAAAAAUGGCUUUCUGGAGGUACUUUUAUCUAUUUAAAAAAUGAGUAAUACUGCGGUUAUGGAUGCAUAAACACCUGUCACACUUGUGUAAUUUAAUCCUGCAAAUGCAUUAUGUUUUUAGUCAGGACACUGUAUGCUACUUUACUGUGGAAUUACCAAAGUAGAAGGAGAUGAGUUAUAGAAAAGGAAGUGUGAUGUUUGUUCUUCUGUUAUGGAGUGUGUUAAGUAUGAUGAUGAUGGAUAUAGAUGUAUUUAUACAGUAUAUAUUUGAUACGCUAGCACUGUUUGCUCCACAAGUCACCAUUAACAACUCUACUUACUCUUACUAACCGUGUUUCAUGAUAGUAUAUUUAAGCUAUAGUCAGUUUAGUAGAGUUUUAAAGCAACAUCAUGUAGAAAUUUUCCUUUUGUGUACAACUGGCACCCUCCAUAGUUUCUGAGGGCAAAGUCCCAGAUCUGUCACAGUUUGUCAGAUGUCAUGUGGGUGCAAAAUACAAAUAAAAGUCAUUAUGUCAUAACAUUGUUAUAUACUAUAAAUCUUGCAUCUUGAAGUAAACAUGUAUUUAACGCUGUGAUCUCAUUGUCCCACUGAAGUUACAACAAGUGAUAGAGACACUGUUCACCCUCUUGCACAGACGCUGAUUUGAAUCUCUUAUUUUAAGGUUAAAAAGUUACAUGAUGUUGCUUUAAGUGUUAUUUCAUGUCCUGCUGUAGUUUGCGGCUGAUGCUCUUCAAAAAUCGACUUUUCACUUGGAAAAUGCUAUUUUAGAAUAUUGUACACAAUAAACUAGCAAAAGGGAAACUGUUCAUGUCCUCUGCUGUUUCUGAAAACAGAAUAUAUUCUGUAUCUACUGCUGUGUUACUGUCUCCCUUUGCUAAUGUGUUAUAUACACAUCUGUACACAUCUGAUUUGUGCAUGUUUUUUCACUCUGUAAAAUUGUCCCUUUUUUUAUUUUGUACUUUUAUCAUGUUGUGUUGCUUGUGAAUUGUAACUGCAUACUGUUUUUGUAAGGGGUCCCAUGAGGAACAGCUCUGUCACAUGCAUGGUGGGGCCCCAAUAAAGUUGUUUUCCUAAAUA